AUGGAAGGCGUCGGUCAAUUAAUCGGGAGCCUUGUCGAGAGUGACGAUAGUCUGUUGGACGCAUUUCUUCACAAUUUAAAUGAACAUCAAUCAUUUUGGAAGGACCCCCAAAAUGAUUUAGAUGCAAUCUUUACCAGAAUCGGAACACUGUUGGCUGGCUCCAGAACGCGUGAUCGUGGUUUAAAGAUGUUGAUUCACCUUCUGUCCGGCUGCCCGCUGGAUCUGGUUGAAGAUAAGGCCCAAUUCUACAUGAACCUUUGCAUGAAAGUGUGUGAACAGCGUGGCCCCAUACAAACAAUGCCGUUGGUGUAUCAGCUGCUGCAGCAACUAAUCCACCGUUCGUUGGCCUCCAACGAUCUGCACAAGCUGUUUGUUAGUAAUCUUCCCAAGCUGCUGGAAUCAGUCGGACCCAAGCUACCACCGCCGGUUGUUCCUUCCGCAUUGACCUUCCUCGAAUUAGCCAUGCAACAUUAUGCCGGUGCAUGUGGUCCUGCAAAAAGUCGUAUCGAGACGUUCCUUUACUCGUUGGUUGACUCUACGAAUUCGCUCGUCCGCAACAGUACGGCCCGUUGUUUGUUGCUGUUGCAACAGAUUCGAGGAGGUGGACAGCACGGUUCCCUGCAUAAGCGAACCUGGGAAGAGUAUUACCGGAAGCUGGUCGAUACAAUUCACGAUCUGUUGAAUCAAAUAUUCGUACACACACCGGAAACGUUCGAUGAGGAAGAUAAUCUGGAGUGUUUGAAGCUUCCCCCAAUUGCAAACACGGGCAAAAAUCCUAUCCGGAAAGCUCAUCUACUAGCUAUCCGUGCCAUCAACAUGAUUGCUUGCCUUGAUCAAGCCAUUGUGGGAGCGUAUCCGGUAGCGAGACCGAUCGCGCCUUUCAAAGCAUUAAAUCUAAUCCUCCGCGGGUUGUCCGUAUCCUGUGAGACAAUGGGAAAAAACCCACUUGCGGAAAAUAUUGCCUUCGGUACUUUUUUACCGUCGAUCCACUAUGGGCUGCUGGAGGUGUUGGAUGGAUUAGUGUUGGCGCUCGGCACCAAUAUGCUAAUGUAUGGUGAUUCAAUCUGUGACAUAUUCCCCAAAUGUCUCAAAGCAACACAAACUAAUCGGAGCGAUUGCGAGGGAACGAAAAAAUCCUUCACUCGUUUACGGAGCAAAAUUUACGAAAGCAUCCAACUUUGGUGCGAAAAGAUGCGCUAUGGCAGUAACAUAGAGAUGGUAAAUGAACCACUGCUCGAACAAAUAGUGCGAGACUUUACACCGUACGAAAGCGAGGUAACACUGAAGAUGGGUUCCAGUGGCAACAAGCGACUAUCGUCCAGAGCCAAGAGAAAGCUACAGAAGGAGCAAAAUGCUGCCACAGCUCUAAAUCAAAAUCAUUCGAGUGGAAGUGGCAUUGCGGAACGUAAGGAGCAGCUAAUGGAUGCUGGGAAUGAAACACUUUGCCGGGCAGCGCUAGACUGUUUGUCCGUUAUACUUCAAUCUGCCGGAUGUUUCAUCAAACCCAUCACGCAUAAGCUGCUGGAGGAGAAAAUCGUCCCACUUUGUUUUUCGCUCGUAUCCAACCAUCAACAGCUUGGACUUUACGGUGACGAACAGGUUCGGGUGGCACUGCUACGUACCUUUGCUGCCCUUAUCGUAAAUCCACAUCACCACUGUCCUCCACCAUUGCAAUAUGCGAGCUACAUUUUCAACACGCUGCAAACGACCGAUUCUAGCACGGUUGUUCGUUCUGUGGCAGCUGAGCUAGCGCGCACGAUGGAACUGGUUGUACAUCCUUGGAAGGAAACGCUUUACUUCCCGGCGGAUAAAUCUGCCAUUAAAGAUGCGUUGGCGAACAAAGACAAACAUCCGUUGGCCAUGCUGACAGUGGUGAAGGAAAGGGUUUCAGCUGUGAAGGAGACCAAUGGUGAGCUGCAUUGCGACAGCGAUAUAUUGGACGCUGAAAAUCCAUCCAUGGCUGAACCACAGAACCAUAGCUCACCGAAAGAAUCCACUGAUGCUGCUGCUACAGAAGAGCUAGCAUACGAAAGUGAGGGAGAAAUCAACGAAUCGCUAGCCGUAACAGAAGCGAGCGAUGAUUCAAUCAUUGAGGAUGAAACGCCACAGCAGGCCGAACCGGAACCUGCUACUGGAUGGGUAGAGCAUGUAAGCAUAUCUUCGUUGGACGAUACGGUUAAAGGAAAGUCCGUCAAAAUUACCACCAUCCCGGACGACCCCGAUUGCUACGAUGCAGGUGUUAUUCAAUGCUCUGAAGAUGACGACGAUAAGCCGGAAGAGUCUGCCGUAGUUUCGAUAAUGGAUAGCGAAGAGGAACAACAGGAUGUGGCUAACGACGAUAACGAGGACGAUGUUGUGGAAGUUGCCACUGUAGUGGAUUUAGUUGCACAGGAACUAAACAAUACAAAUAGCCGCCUGAAGAAUACCAUUACGUCGGAGGCACAGGAUGAUGUUACAACCAAUGGCGGAUCAACGAAAAAGGCCAAACUCUCGACAGACAGCUGCAAUAGUACCGGAAAAGCUAAAAACAUUGACGAUAUCGUAAAUGAGAUGGUGGCGGAGUUCGUUGACGAACCAUAGGAUAAGCAUUCAACUCGAAGCAUACACGGC